AUGCUGUUUCGAUCGAUCAAAGGUUUCCAGUACGAUGACUGGACCAUGGGUCUCUUCGUCACCGGCGCUUAUACCGUUAUGAUUGUACUCGCGAAUCGGUGGCUAAAACUCCAAUCAAACCUCGAACCGGAGAAUUUCGACUUCAGCGCACUUAGCGUGGACGAACUUUCGAGACGGAGAUUCGGAAGCAAGCUCGUGGUUGUUGUAGAGCAAAUGCAUAUCGCUGUGAUCUGGGCGUGUAAAGCAUGUCUUCUGAUCAUGUAUCAUCGCAUAACACGAACAGCUCUUCGCAACGAGAACAUUGCCAUCAAAAUUCUCGCCGCCUACACAGCACUGGGGUUCGUCAUCAUAGAGGUCCUUUACUUUUCAGCUUGGUGCAAACCUUUCUCCGAGUAUUAUGCGGUGCCGACCAGCUCCUCUCAAUGCAACGCCUUGGUACAUCACCGCAUCACGAAGGCAGUCUUCAACAUAUCCUCCGAUGUGAUCAUGUUGUGUAUUGCACUGCAAAUGCUCAUACGAUCGCUACUCCCUAUGAAGAGGAAGAUGAUCCUGUGCGGCAUCUUCUCUCUGGGUAUCUUUGUGGUGGCCGCGAGCGUCAUGAAUAGCUACUACUCCUUCAGCAACCCGUAUAAGUCAACCUGGAUACAUUGGUACGUUCGAGAAUCGUCAACAGCCAUUCUCGUCGCCAAUUUACCAUUCACUUGGACAAUACUAAGGGAACUUUUCGAACUGGGGAACUUUGACGAUACGAAUCCACCUCCAUGGACCUAUCAUUCUUCCCGUACGGCAGGAGGUCGGAAGACGGCACAGUUACUUCAUCACCAGUCUAUGGCAACGGCCGCACGAACGGGGACAAGGCGUUCGCCGAACAACAGCAAUGAAAGUAAGAACACGACUAUGGUUGCUUCAAACAUUACGAAAGACCAUAACAAAUCGCCAGCCAUCAGCAAUCUAUCUGGGUUCGGCGAAAAAGACCUACUUGAGCAAGCGAUUCAGCCCCACGACUUUGCUCCUGCUCUAUUGCGUACUGGCAAAGAUGGCAUGAUGAAUUUAGACCUCGAAUCCGGACAGGUGGAAGAAAUAGACGCACGACCAGUGUCUCCCGACCACACUCAACAACGCAACAAGUUGGCCUCAGCUCCGCCCACAAUCACCGCAGAUGGCACGGGAGGCUUCUACGUCAACCAUCAUCCCAUCUCGCCACCAUCACGAGUACACGUCGUACUUUCCAUGAACGGAACGCGAGAAAGCAGUAUGGCGAGCACGCAUCGAAGACCCAGCAUACCAAUGUCGACAAAAUCGACAAAAUCAAGUGUUUUUAGCGGUUACACAGGCAGUCGACGUGGAAGUGCAUCAACCCAGGGUGGAACAGCCGGGCACACAGCAGGCGGAGGGAGAAGCGCGCGAGAUCGGCGCGCGAGAACAAAGAUGAAUGAAUAA